AUGGCCGCACGCCGCUUGCUUGCACGGAACAUCCCCGCCAUCACCUCCCGCACCGCCGCCCCCAGAGCAGCUCGCUUCUCCACGAGAGCCAUGGCAUCCGCGAAGCCCACCGCCAGCGGCGGCAUCGCCACACGCCGGCUGCACCAGACGGCGCAGCACCUCAAGCCCGCCGCGGCGGCGACGACGACGGCGGCCUCGACGGUCGACUCGUACAUCACGACGCACGACGCCGUGGCCGAGCCAUUGGACACGCAGAACUUCCUCGACAACGCCUUCGUGCCCUCGGCGGCGACCCAGUGGAUCGAGCUGCACGACCCGGCGACCAACAGCCUGGUGACGCGGGUGCCGCAGAGCACGGACGCGGAGCUCAAGGCGGCGGUCGACAGCGCGGAGCGCGCGUUCGGGCCCUGGAAGGCGACCAGCCUGCUGCACCGGCAGCAGGUCAUGUUCCGGUUCACGGCGCUGAUCCGCGAGCACUGGGACCGGCUGGCGGCGAGCAUCGUGCUCGAGCAGGGCAAGACGUUUGCGGACGCGAAAGGCGACGUCCUGCGCGGCUUGCAGGUGGCCGAGACGGCGUGCGGCAUCACGACGCAGCUGACGGGCGAGGUGCUCGAGGUCAGCAAGGACAUGGAGACGAGGACGUAUAGGGAGCCGUUGGGGGUGACGGCGGCGAUUUGUCCGUUUAACUUCCCUGCCAUGAUCCCGCUGUGGUCGAUCCCGAUCGCGACGGUGACGGGCAACACGCUGGUCAUCAAGCCGUCGGAGCGCGACCCGGGCGCGUGCAUGAUCCUGGCGGAGCUGUGCGAGAAGGCGGGCUUCCCGCCGGGCGUGGUCAACAUCGUGCACGGCGCGGCCAAGACGGUCGACUUCAUCCUCGACGAGCCGCGCAUCAAGGCCGUCAGCUUCGUCGGCAGCAACAAGGCCGGCGAGUACAUCUACUCGCGCGCCUCGGCCAACGGCAAGCGCUGCCAGGCCAACCUCGGCGCAAAGAACCACGCCGCCGUGCUGCCCGACUGCAACAAGAACCACGCCCUGAACGCCAUCGCCGGCGCCGCCUUCGGCGCUGCCGGCCAGCGCUGCAUGGCCCUGAGCGCCCUGGUGCUCGUCGGCGAGACCAAGGACUGGAUCCCCGACAUCGCGGAGCGCGCCAAGGCCCUAAACGUCAACGGCGGCUUCGAGCCCGGCGCUGACUUGGGCCCCGUCAUCAGCCCCGAGGCGCAGAAGCGCAUCGAGGACCUCAUCGCCAGCGCCGAGGAGGAGGGCGCGACCAUCCUGCUCGACGGCAGGGGGUACAAGCCGGAGAAGUACCCCAACGGCAACUGGGUCGGCCCUACCAUCAUCUCCAACGUCAAGCCGCACAUGCGCUGCUACACGGAAGAGAUCUUCGGCCCCGUCCUCGUCUGCUUGAACGUGGACACGGUCGACGACGCCAUCAGCCUGAUCAACGCGAACGAGUACGGCAACGGCACUGCCAUCUUCACCCGCUCCGGCCCCACCGCCGAGCGCUUCCGCAGCGAGAUCGAGGCCGGCCAGGUCGGCAUCAAUGUACCCAUCCCGGUCCCGCUGCCCAUUUUCUCUUUUACGGGAAACAAGAGGAGCGUUGCUGGUGGUGGAGCGAGCACUUUCUACGGAAAGCCCGGCAUCAACUUUUAUACGCAAACGAAGACGGUCACGACUCUCUGGCGCCACGAGGAUGCACUCGCGCAGAAGGCGAGCGUGAACAUGCCGACGCAGAGCUAA